AUGAAUCGAUUUUUCAUAGUUUAUUCGAUUUUCUACUUGGAAACGCUGUACGGUCUUCAAACAGUCAAUUUGACAGAACAAGACACGACAUGGAUUGCAAGUGGAUAUCAAACAAGACAAAUAUCGACGAAAACCGACUUUACGAUCACUGACUCAGAAGGAAGUCAGAUUCAAUCCACAACAUUCAACUCAACAUCGCUUCAACUUCUCCAUGGCCCUCUCACAAUCAUUGAUCGUUCAGCCGUCGGAUCAUACAGUCUCAGUUUUCGGCUGCACAACGUUACGGACUCAAUUGCUCUAUACGCGAGUCGCCUUUUCACAAUUGUACCAAACACCCCCGUCCCAUAUACAUAUCAAACCAAGGGAUCCGGCAACUAUGGCACUUUUGCCACCUUCUCGGCAAUGCCUGCACUCUAUGGUCGAUCAUCUCUUGUCAUUAAACCCACAAAUAAAACAACAACCGGUUGUGAGUACUCUUUAUUUCAAGCAGGAUAUCCAGCAACGAAUAGAGGCUUGAAUGCGUAUCGAAUUCACACGUUCACUCCUGAAAACAGUGGAGAUCGUUUCGCAUUAUCGAUCAUUCCAGCGUUUGCGGCUACCAUUUAUGUGCCUCCCAGGUGUCCAGUGUCCAUCGAUGUGGCUGAUUACACUUCACUCUAUGAUGGUAUGGGAGUUUUUGGGAUGUCCUCGGUGCCGCAAUAUGGUUUUGUGAUGAGUCGAGAUUUUCCCGGUGGAAUGACCGGGACAGGCUUUGGUGGAAUGAAUGUCGAUCUCAAAUAUUAUCUUGAUUCAAAAACAAUCACCAACCGCAGCAUUGAUUUCAACGUUCACGUUGAUCACUUCUUAACUGACCCAGAUUCCAGUGUCCAAUUCAAAUUUUUGUACGACGAAAAAGUUGGAUACAUUUUUAAUCGUUCAACAGACAGCUUUUCUCAAGCCCAAACUGCUAAAUCAUUCCGGAUCCAAUUCACUUCUCCAAAAACGCUAGCAACAUUUUUCUUGCUUCAUUUCAACACCGCCGCGUGCAAUUUGGCAGCAAAAGAAUUCCCGAACGAAGAAAAAUGCCUAUCACCUAUUCUCAUGGCCAAUUCCUACGCGGAAGCCUAUCGAUUUUGUGAUAAUCGCGGAGCGGAAGUAGUGAAAAUCGAGAACAUUUAUGAUAAUGCCUUCAUCGUGGCGAACCUCGCUCAAUCCAACGCAAGUGCUCAAACGCCAUACAUUGGUGUGCAGAGGUCAUCGAAUGGGAAUUGGCUCUACGCCGAUGGAGGCCCACUAACGUAUGCGAAUUGGGCACCCGGCCAACCAGACAUGUCGAAUCCGCAAAAACAAUGCACUGUGCUGAAUGCCGCACUCAAUUGCCCGAGUAACAGUCAGGAAUUCAAUGGAUAUUGCUAUCAAGCCAUGGUUUCUCUGCCAGGCAACUACACAAUGGCUGAUACUUAUUGUGCGGGAAGGGGAUUAGCAAACAGUCAUUUGGCCUCGAUCAUGAACCAAUUCGAGAAUCUCUAUCUUGCUGGGCUGUUGCCAGCUGGAACCAAGGCUUUCAUUGGUGGAAUGAGACAAACGAAUGGUGUUUUCACAUGGUCCGAUGGAUUGCCGUUCUCUUUCGAUAAUGUUGACAAAUCCACAAAUGGUGGACCUUGUCUUGUAAUUGAUCAAGCAACAAAGAAAUGGCAACAAGUGAAUUGCUCGGAGUCUCACGCAUUCAUUUGCAAGAUCACUGAGACUCCACCAUUUAUCGUUUCGAAUUCAACCGGUUUCAAGCAAGCAGCUGACUACUUAUUGAGAGGAAUCGAUCCAACAGCGAAUCCAUGUGAGGAUUUCUUCCAGUUCACCUGUGGAACUUACAUCAACAACACAUCGUUGAAUGGGAAAUCGAGGGUUGGAACAUUCGACGAAGCACAAACUCAAGUCAAUAAAGAUACAGCUGUUGCACUUGAUGCUAUCUCCGCGAGCUCUUCGCUUACUGAGAGAAUUGCGCAAGCUGCCUAUGCCGCUUGCGUGUACAACUACAACCAAGAUGUGAACGACAAAUCAAAAACAAUCUAUCAAGAGAUAACGAAUGCAUUCGGAAUCCCUGAAAUCCCAUUCUUCUUGGAUCCAAGCUCUCUAUCAAUGUUCUCAAUCCCGACAAGUCAACUCUUCUCAGCUGUUGGAUAUUUCGAAGGCACUCACGCUUUGGGCACACUUCUCUUCUCGUGGACAACCGUCGAUUAUCAAAAUAUCAAACAAAAUGCAUUGUUUAUGAAUCAGCCGGAUCUUCCUCUUCCUCGUGAUUACUAUGUGAAGCCACAAUUUCUAUCAAUCAUUCAAGCCCACGUUCAAGAGUAUGCUGAUCUAAUCACGAUGGUUGCUGGAAAUUUGGGAAAGACCGUUGACUCGAAUGCGAUUUAUCAAAUGGCUGCCGAUGUCGUGAACUUUGAGAUCUCCAUCGCUACCGCUUCAUGGUCCGAUGAGGAACAGAGAAACUACAAACAAAUGUACAAUCCAUACACGAUCAGCGGACUUCAAGCAAACUAUCCGAACAUUCAAUGGACUGCCUAUUUUGACAAUUUAUUGAAGAAUGUGGGUUUAACGAACACGGUUUUCCAAUCGCGAGAAGCUAUUGUGAACGAGCCGACUUAUUUCGCUUGGUUGAACUCGUUGUUUUCGGAACAGAAAAUCCCAGCUGCCACAAUUGUCAACUAUAUUGCUGUUCAAGCUAUUUAUGACUCAGCCGAUUUCCUUGGCUCCGGUUUAUCUAAAUUGGCUGAGAAAAACAACAGAUUACCGUACUUGAUGAAACACGGAAUCGGAUUGUCGAGAACGCGACGGGACAGAAGAAACUUUGAUUCGAUUAAUGAUUUCUGUGUGGAUAUUGUGACCACAUUUAUGCCAUAUGGAACAGGAUAUGUGUACGUGAAACAACUUGGAGACCUCCGAAAUGCGAUUCAAGCUGAUGUCGCCACUCAAACGGAUCACAUCAUUAGCUCAUUUACGGAUAUGAUCGGAACUCUUAGCUGGAUGACUCCAAGCAGUAAAACGAAUGCAAACACAAAAGCCGCUGGUCUUAUCAAAAAUAUUGGUUGGCCAGAUAUGUUCAAGGAUUUCAAAGAUACCACUGAUUUGGAUAAUUAUAACAAGGCUGAUUACGGAAAAAUUCUCGACUUGGAUAAAACAAAGUUCUUCGAAAUCUAUUUGAUUCUCAAAUCUGGAAUGGAAAGCAGAGAAAGCUUGAGAUUUAUCCAGGCACCCGCUGAUCGCAAAAUGUUCCUCCAAUCGCCAGCCUUGGUCAAUGCUUGGUAUCAACCGGAGAGAAAUUCGAUCACUUUCCCAUUCGCUAUUUUCAAUCUCCCGUUCUACAAACUUGAUUGGCCACAAGCAGUCAAUUACGGAGGUUUGGGUGGAGUGGAGGGACACGAGUUGACCCAUGGAUAUGAUGAUGAAGGAGUUCAAUUCGGUCCUGACGGUUCCCUAUCUGGGUGUGACUCGUUCCGCUGUGGUUGGAUGGAUAUGAAUUCGACCGCCGGAUUCACUGAUAUGGCUCAAUGUGUUGUUACCCAAUACACUACUCAAUGUUGCCCGGUGAAAACGGGAAAUGUGCAUUGUGCGAACGGGGCUAUCACACAAGGAGAGAACAUCGCGGAUUUGGGAGGUCAACAAGCCGCUUAUCGGGCCUAUCGAAAGUAUGUGGCCACUCAAUUGAAUGGAGUUGAAGAACAGAGAUUGCCAGGAUUGGAAGAGUACACACCAAAUCAAAUCUUCUGGAUUGCAAAGGGUUUCGUCUGGUGCACCGUGCAAUCGAUUGAUUCGCUUGUGAGACAGAUGCUCACGAAUCCCCACUCGCCUCCACUGAAAAAAAUGCAUUUUUGGAACAUUCCCGGAUACACCACUUUAGCCUGCAUUUUUUACCAGGCAGAACGACGCCAA